UAGCAAUCCACCAACGUAUCAUUUACACAUUUUCGUCGCGCAGCUCCCACGAUGAACUCGCCGAUCGCCCGCGCCGCUGCGACAGGCAAACCCAUGAAGCGCCAAGCGCCGUCGACCACGUCCAUGUCCCCCACAAAGCGCGCACGACUAGUAGGCAAUCUCACAAUCUCCGUGUCGGCGAACCUCCUCGCCCGAACGGACGAGUAUCGUGGCCGGUGCAAGUACAAGUCGGGGCGAUGCCCCAACGAACGCACGAUCAAGUUUAGCGGCGAACCCCACACGCUGUGCGAAGAACAUCGCGUCAAGCACAACAAGAACCAACGCAAGUCGGACGCGAAACGACGAGGUGUGGUCAAGAUCAAGCGCGACGGUUCAACCUCGUGCGACGACGACGACGAUGGGUGCCCUGUGUACAUGAAGAAGGGGCUUCCGACCUUUGACAGAAUCGUGGUCAAAGCCGAGCCGUGCGUCAAGGCUGAACUGGAAGACGACGAUCCGAUCGAAAUUGAAGAGAUCGACAUGUCGGCAACAAGCAGUUGCUGGUCAGACGACGAAGUCGAGAUCCUCAAGCACAUAUUCGACUUUGACAUGUCGCCACUGAAACUGUAGACCACCCCCCCGUUCCCCACCUAGAAACUGACCUAUCUAAAGUAAAUACAUCCUAAUUAUCUACC